CUGGAGCCGCCGCCGGGCUGGCGGAGGACGUGGGACUGCGUCCGGGCGCUGCGCGCGGACCGCACGGCCGUCGUCGACUCCAUGGGCUGCGAAAAGCUCGCGGACCCGGACGCGUCCGACGAGGACCGGCGGUACCACACGCUCGUGAGCCUGAUGCUCUCGUCGCAGACCAAGGACACGGUCAACGCCGCGACGAUGGCGAAGCUCGUCGCGCGGGGCCUCAGCGUGAGUUCCAUCCUCGACGACGUGCCCGAGGACGAGUUCCACGAGAUGAUCAAAGGCGUCGGCUUCCACAACGUGAAGACGAAGACGAUCCGCGCCGCGACGCUCAAGCUGAGGGAGGACCACGGCGGCGCGGUGCCGGGCACGAUGGACGACCUGCUGGCGCUGCCCGGCGUCGGGCCGAAGAUGGCGCUGCUGGUCCUGAAGUGCGCCUUCGGCGUCACCGCGGGCGUGUCCGUGGACACGCACGUGCACCGCAUCUGCAACCAGCUCGGCUGGACCGGCGGCGCGCCGACGACGGACAAGGCCAACUUCGCGACGAAGGACCCGGAGAAGACGCGGCGCGCCGUGGAGUCGUGGAUGCCGCGGGCCAUCUGGGGCGACGUCAACUGGCUCCUCGUGGGCCUGGGCCAGGAGGUCCAGACGGAGAAG